AUGAUAAACUUAUAUCACAUGUCUGUUGUCGUCAACAUGACUGUUAGCAUUAGCUUAUUAGCACCAGUAGCAGCUUUAAUCCGCCGUUCCGACAACGAUCCAACAAUCACAUUUUGUUUUUUCACCUUUCUCACUGAAGUCACGCGGAUAUUAUGACUGUGUUUACAUGUUAGUGCAUAUUAAAACACAGCAGAUAUAAAUAAAUCAUUACGAUUUGUAUUAAUUAGAACUGUGUGGCUGAAAAGUUACACAGAAUGUCAUUAUUACCGGUACCACCUUUUCACAAUAAACCUGCCGCAGUAAGCGCUGACGAGUGGUGAGAGUAGAGACGGUAAAAGCACGAUGAAGCUUUUUAUUCCCUUUGCGGUUCAUUUACACGAUGUGUGUUCGAAUUCUCUUAAAACACACAAAGCGAACUCAUACCGGAAACUCUGAAAAAAUGUAACUUCUAAACAAAGCAUUUCCGGUUGCGUGAGGCGGGUCCGACGCGGCUGAUUCAAACAACAUAGAGCGACUGUGUUUGUUUUGCUUCUGCGUCCCGCAGAGGAGGAACACGGAUCCCGGUGAGGAGGCCCGCCAUGUCCGCCCAGGCCACUGGAACCUCCAGACAACUGAGUAGCCUCCGUUUGCUCACCACCAAGUUCGUCGAGUUACUGCAAGAAGCAAAGGGAGGACUGCUGGACCUCAAAGUGGCUAUGAGGCUCCUGGCUAUCAGACGGAAGAGGCGAUUGUAUGACAUCAUAAAUGUGUUGGAGGGCAUUGGACUCAUUAGUAGGGUCACAAGCCACUAUAUAAAGUGGAGGGGUACGACGCCAGGACAGAAUAUUCUCCAGUUAAACCACCGACUGACCCAGUUAAAGUUGGAGGUGAGGGGCCUGAUGGAGAUGGAGUUGAUGUUGGACCUGCAGACAUUGUGGGUCACACAGAGCCUCAGAAACACGACAGACGACUGCAGCAACCUGAAUUAUGUGAAUCAUGAAGAUAUCUGCAACUGCUUCAGUGGCCACACACUCCUGGCAGUACGAGCACCAUCUGGCACAAAGUUAGACGUUCCCAUACCCAAAGCUGCCAAGAACCGUCCAGCAAAGUACCAGGUCCAUCUGAAAAGCAUCAGCGGCCCCAUAGAUGUCCUGCUCCUUAGCAAACGCUCUGCAGGCUCGGCUCCUGUCGUCCUGCCGGUCCCACCGCCAGAAGACAUUUUACGGAACGCCAAGUUAGCAAUGUCCUCUUCACAUGUGACAGAAAGCGGCGCUAAUUCAAGACAGGCGGCCACAGAGGGAACGAAGCAGCAGCAGCAUCAUGCAUCGCCGCUUAUUAACAGUGAGCUCAUGCGUUCACCUUUUUGUGAGUAAUUUAGUUUGUGCCGUUUCUGUUAGUGUUUUUGUUGAUUGUCCACUGAAAGAGAAAUCUAACACUCGGUUUCAGCUUGGACUUGACCCUGUGCAGCACAGAUCCAAAGUCUCUGUCGGAAAGAAAAUAUCUUUGCUUUGACCUUCAGGUGCAAGAUCAACAAAGUGAUAUCACAUUAUCUCUGUUUUCUUUGGGGAAAAAAGAAAGAAUACGAGUGGAAGAGCUAAGGUUACCUUUAAGCAUUACCUCAAGGGGGUUAUGCUUUAAUCAUUGUCUUUCGUUUGUUGUUGUUAAUGAGCAGACAAAAAAAAUAAUCUUCACCUUCUUUAACAUGGCAGAUAGGGCGUUCGCCUCGGUGAGUGCCCUUCUGGUAUUAGACUGUGAACGGAUCAGUUAAUUUUUCAGUUUAAAGAGGGAAUAAUCUCAUUAAUUUGUAAAAAAUCUUGUUUCCAGCGCGAAAUUUAUCAAAGGAACUGAGGGACCUACUAGACCCAUCGAAAGAAGUAAUGAAUACAGAAAUAAUCACAAAGUUUAUGACCUCUGAAGCUGUUUCUUCACUCUUCCGAGCGCCGCAACCGCUUCCAGCUGAGUGUGAAAACCUGUAUAAUCUGGAUGAAAGUGAAAACCCCUUAGAUCUCUCG